UAUUUAUUUUUUGUUAAAGAGAGCUUGUCUUUAGCAUAAUAAAAAGGAAAAAAAAAAGAAAAAGAGAACUUGUCUUUUACAUUUAUUUUCUUGUGCCACAAACUCACAAUUUUUUUGGCGUAUUCAGAUCCAAGAAUAGCACCAAAUUGUUUGGAAAGUUUUUUCUCAAACCAUCUUUUGCUUCCAAAAACCUAAAAUCGAUAUUAGGAAUAAGUGAGAGUAUUUGAUUGGGCGGAAUCGAAUUCAUCGAAAACAAGUACAGAAAAUCUGCCGCCAACAUUCUGCAGUGAGUGUGUGUUUCGGGUCAAAAUUCCUUUGUUGCUGGUUUUAUUUACACUUUUCAGUUUUCUGGAAUUUUUCAUUUUAUUCUGAACGUUUCAAUGCGCGGAUCUUUUCCAUCGCUAUCUUAGUUCAGUUAUGUGAAUGUGGACCGGUUUCUUGGGUUGUUUAACGUCAUUGAAUUUCGUCGUUGGUUAAUUCAUGUAUUUGUACUAUCCUAAUGCGGAUAACCUUUGGCGUUUCUUCUGUUAAAAUUCUUAGUUGCAUUGUGUAAUAGCUGCUCCUUUGCUGGAUGCAGUUGGUUGCUUGGCUAAUUUUUUGAUACAUCAAUUAACAACGUUCACAACGUGCACCUUAUUGUAUGAUUUGUUUUCUCUCACACUUGGCCACCUGAAAGCCUAAAUUUGUCGAAGUUGGCUAAGGGAUUCACUCAUGAUCUUGCACUUCUUAAAGAAAGAACUGUUUAGAAGGUUAUACUUGUCGUGUAUUUGAGCGAAUGCUGUUUGAAAUCUUGAAAACUAUAGACCUUAAAGUGGCAAAGUGCGAGUUUUGUAAAGUUAAGAUAACUAGCCUACUGAUAUUUGGAAAAAGAUCAUAUAGUCUCAUGAAGUUCGGAUGCUCUGUUGUAAUUACCCUUUGCAAAAGUUGCAAUUCGCAAGUUUAGUUAAUGUUGAAAAUUUUGAGGAAUUUAUUGGUUGGAUAUGUAUUUUGGCAGUUUGGAGGUAGGCUCUACUGUGAAACAAACAAGGGGCUAGUGCUCUUGUUCCUCCCAGCUGAUAAAAUGGAUGGUACUAUCAAUAGGUUUGGAAAAGGGCCAAGAGAACUUACAGGUGCUCGAGAUCUUAUAAGUCACUUCAAGUUGUUACCUCAUCACGACUUUUUCUGCAAGAAUUCACGUCCUGUGUCAGUUCUGGACACGCACUACCUCUCCAACGUGGUUGGUGACACAGAGAUCAGGAAAGGGGAAGGGAUGCAAUUGGAUCAGCUUGUUCAGACUACAUUAUCAAGAGAGAAUUCUGCAUGUAUAAAGCCAUUUAACUUAGAUGUACUUGGAGAAGCCUUCCACCUUCAGGAAUCAGCAUCUGUCAACCUGUCUCCUGCUGAAAUGGGAAUCCCCACGAUUGCUGUAAAAUCCAAAAGUGCCUCUAUAGCCAAGGACAAGCAUAAAAAGCACAAGGACAAACACAAGGAGAAAGAUAAGGAGCGUAAGAAGCACAGAAAAAGUAAAGAGGAGAAGGAGAAAAAGCGAGAUAAACAUGACAAGAGAAAGAAGCGAGAAGGAGAUGAUGAUACCAGUGGAGUUAAGAAACACAAGAAAAGUAAGCAUAAGAGCUCAAAGAUUGAUGAGGUGGGGACGAGAAGGUUUCCAGCGUAAAGGGUUAUGAUUUGUGAAUGACCUCUCCAUGUCCUUAUGUUCUGUUACUGCUGAGAACAUCAAGAAAGGUAAAUCGUUGCACGGAUUUAUUUCAAGACGAUGUCAUAUGCUACAAAUGGUAUAUAUGUACGCUGUUGAUGACGUGUGUUUGACGGUCUCCUGUGACGCCUUUCAGCUGGAUGCAUGAUUAUCCGCUUGAUACUUCUUCAGUAUUUUCUCUCUUACCAUUGCUUUUGAAAUUCACCUCCAAAUUAGGAGUGAAAUUGUGUUCCUUGUGCUUUGCCUCAGUAGUGAAAUUGUGUUACAUUUAUGUGAAUAUUUUGGCUUUAGAGGGAAACUAUUGCUUGGUUUAUAUAUGAAUCAUGAUUUAUACGAUA